AUGGCUGGUGCUUCCAUUAGCAACAUAAUUUUUUAUCGGACAUGUGUUCAUUCUUUAAAUCACACAAAGGAGGAAUGCAAAGACUUUUUGUCUCCAAUUAGAUCUAAUGCCACAAGAAUGUUAGAGGAAGAUGUGCAAAAAUAUGCAACAUUUGUGCUAACUGUAAAAAGUGUAAUGGAAUCCGUCACUCCUGCCAUACUCUCAAUGUUUCUUGGUGUAUGGUCUGAUACAUAUGGAAGAAAACCAUUGAUUGUGUGGCCAAUAUUUGCUUCACUGAAUGUCAUUUCAUAUUCAUUCUCAAAUGUAUACAUUAAGGAGUCAUUAUCGGGAGCUUUAGAGGGUGGCCUAUGCAAAAUAUUAGACUGGCUGCACGUGAAAGAAAUGGUUCAGGAAUGCUUCAAAGAACGUCCCAACCACGGCAGGGCUCAGAUACUCUUGCUCACGGCCGCGAGAAGCAUCGGGGUCUUCGUUAUGUAUGGAACUGGUGGCAUAGAGUACCCUUACACCAGACGUACACUGCAUUGGGCAUUGCAAGAUUACAACACGUAUUCCGCUGUUAGCACAGCGAUUAUGUUCGUCGGAAGCCUCUUAGGUGUUGUAUUUAUACAGAGGGUGUUGUCCAUAAGCGACCUAGUGCUGGCGGCCGUGGCAUUUUUGUCGGCAGUUGUCGAGUAUACGAUAAAGGCAAUCGUCGUGAACUCUUGGCAGAUGUACUUGAGCGUCUCAGUGUCAUUGUUCAAAGGCCUCUCCGGACCUCUGGUAAGGUCGUUCCUCGCGAAGGCGCUGCCGGUCGAGGAUAUAGCGAAGGUCUUCGCCAUGAUGUGCGCCAUCGAGGGGCUGAGCCCGUUGAUAGCGCCGAUAUUGUUCAACUCCGUGUAUGUUGUGACGUUGGAGAACUUCCCUGGCACGGUCUACUUCAUAAGCGGCGGGCUUAGCGUGGUCUGCGUCGUACUUCUUGGGUUCGUGCAAUACUAUUCGUGGAAUGCGCCAACGUCACUUUACCGACCUUUAGAGGAGGACGAAGAAAUU